AUGGAAACAGUAUUUAUAUACUUUGCAAUCCUCGGAGCCGUCUCAGGUUUGUCUGAAGGAGCUGGUUUGUUACCAGAUGGUCCUCUAAAUGCAUCGGCUGGAGGAACGGUGACGUUCAGAACAAACCUUAAUCCAACAACAAUACCAUUUCAGCUUGUGACUUGGACUUUUAGUACUGAAAAUGAUAUCAUAGUCUCAUUUCCUACUGUAAACAUUACUGACCCAGAGUAUGAAGGCAGAAUAACUCUGUUUUUAUCAACUGGAUCUCUGGAGCUCAGGAACCUGAAACUCGGUGACAGUGGAGAUUACAGAGUUCAUGUUAUACCUGCUGAGGAUGUCGAGAAGUCUGGAAUCACCAGGCUGCAGAUAUAUGAGCCAGUCUCCAACGUCAAAGUUACCCCGGGAAGUGCAGACUUAGUUGAGCUGCACAGUUCUGUCCGUCUGUCCUGCUCCUCCUCUGGAUCUUCUCUCUCCUUCCUCUGGAUGAACAACAGCUCUGAGGUUUCACUCAGUAACAGAGUCCAGAUCUCUGAUGGAGGAUCUACUCUGACUAUCGUUGAUGUGACCCGCUAUGAUCAGGGACUGUAUAGCUGUCAUGUGUCCAAUCCUGUCAGCAAUGCCAGAAGUGAUCCAGUAACCCUCUUCAUUAGUUAUGGCCCAGAAAACAUACAGUUGAAUGUGUCUCCAUCAAAACAUCACUAUGAAGAAGGAGCAGACAUUCGUCUGAUCUGUUCAGUUGAGUCUCGACCUUCUGCUGAAUAUCAGUGGUUUCUGGAUGGAGUGGUGCUGCCUGACGGUCCAGAAUACAUCCAGUUAGUUGUCUCUCCAUCAAAAGCACAACAUGAAGAGGGAACAAAUAUCAAUCUGAUCUGUUCAGCUGAGUCUAGACCUCCUGCUGAGUUCUCAUGGUUUCUGGAUGGAGACAUGCUGCCUGGUUCUGGACCAGAACUCAGACUGAUGGACAUUCAGAUGAGCCAGCAGGGAAACUACAGCUGUGAGGCCUCCAAUAGAAAAACUUUGAAAUAUCAGAAAUCUCAGCCAUCACCUGUCUCUGUUAUUGCACGUAUUUCAAACGUUGUGGUGAAAGUGUCCUCCAGAGACCUGGUUGAGUUCAACAGCUCUGUCCAGCUCUUCUGCUCUGCAUCUGGAUUCUCUCCGUCUUUCCUCUGGAUGAACGGCAGCUCUGAGCUUACAAAUGGGGACAGAGUUCAGAUCACUGACGGAGGAUCCACUCUGACAGUAUUCAAUGUGACCAGAUACGAUCAAGGGCUCCUGACUUGUCAUGUUUACAAUUAUUUCAGUCGCGAUAGCAGUAAUCCAGUUUACCUCUCUAUCUACUAUGGACCAGACAGUAUUUCACUGACUGUGUCUCCAUAUCAAGAAAAAUAUGAAGAAGGCUCAGAUAUCAACAUGUUCUGUUCAGCUGAAUCCAACCCUCCUGCCAAUUUUCUGUGGUUUCUGAAUGAAACUCAGCUAUUUGUUUUGGGACCAAACCUCAGACUGACAGAUAUUCAGCUCAAUGAGAACGGGAACUACAGCUGUCAGGCUCUUAACACCGAAACACUGGUGCACAAAAUCUCUGAUCCUUUUGUCAUCUCUGUUGUGAAAACUGAAGGUCUCUCUGGAGGCGCCAUUUUUGGGAUAGUAAUCGCAUGUUUGGUAGUUGCAGCUGGAGCUGCUGGAGCUGUUGGAGGCUAUUUUAUGUGUAAAAGAAAAAAAAGUGUGAGUGCACCACCUGAUGCUGGUAAACGUGAAGAAAAUAUCUAUGAGGAAAUGCCAGGCAUAUAUAAUAGAACAAUCAGUAUGAAAAAGUCAGUCUCCCAGUAAAGAAAGUCAGAAAUCUGAGAAAAUUAAGAGACCA